ACAAUAUAAACAUUAAACUUUGCUGUGCUUUCCUUAACUUGUUCUGUGAAAUGCUGUCAUAAAACAUAAUUUUGAUUGUUACAGUUACAUCUAAUUUCAUGUGUUCAAGAAGUGAAAUAAUCAGUAUACCGUAUAUAAAUAUUUACCACAGCUGUACUGUAAAGCUUCAAAAAACGAGAUCUUAAUGGAUAAAACACCUUGAAAAUGCUUCAAAGGUGCUUGAAUUUGACUUUGGAGGUUUAGGAGCUCUGAUGAACUGUUUCAGUUGCACAACGGAAACUCAUUGUACUUUUAUGGGAUGUUGAUAUCAGGCGGUGCAGACAGGGAUUACUUAAUUUUGAACCUUAAGCUUUUCUCCAUCUGAUUGUGGCUGAUGUUAAGAAACAAGGGUCCUUGUUAUCACACUGCCUGUUCUUGUGUCAUAAAAACAACAGACAUGGAGAGAUAAUGGAAAGAUAAUUUUGCUGAUCUUAUGAAAUAACAUUCGGUUAGAUAUUGCUUUUUUAGGCUCAGUUUGGUCAUUUUCAGGCUGCAUUUUUACACUCAAAUAGACAUUUGACCCAAUACACACUUUUUCAGGCUUCAAACUCAAUGCACAAAAUAUGAUUUUUAGUUCCGUCUAUGUUGAGACGGACUUCCUGUCGUGUGUGAUCAUGACUUAUUGCAAAACAUCCCCUCAGCUGGCUGGCUGGAUGUGUUGUUGCCGGUUUGGGAGCUGGGAGGAGUCUGUUGAUAAGUCGUCUAGGCAGCUGAGAGCGUUCUCUCACUCUCACCUGGAGAACCCAGAGAACACUUGUUCUCCUGCUGACAGUGUUAGUGUGAGGGGAAACUGAACUCUGUAGGCCUGAACAUGUCUUCUGAUAGUGCCUUGGAGGUGUACAAGGAGAUAAUCCUGCUGUACCUGGAGGAGGGCCGGCGGCAGGUUAACUCGCGCUGUGGGGACCUGGAGCCGUGGCAGAUCAUCGGAGCCACAGUCAUCACCACACUGGGAGUGGUUUGGCUUAAAGGCUUCCUCUUCCAGCAAGAAAGUCUCCCAUCCCGGAUCAAGAAGCUGUGCUUUCGACUCAUCAGAAAAAUCCCCUUUGUUGGCGCAACAAUCCAGAGCCAGCUCAACAAGGCUUUGGAUGACAUGUCUGCUAGUCUGUGCACUCUGAAGGAGGGGAUGAGCUACACUAAACAGCUGCCCUCUAAAGGCCUCUCUCAGAGCCAAGUGCUGGACAAAAUCAGAGAGUACGAGACUCUGAAUGAGGUGCAGUGGGAGAAAGGAUGUGUUUCGGGUGCAGUGUACUGGGGUGAUGAAUCACUGACCAACCUCUUAGUGAAGGUCUAUGGAGAUUUUGCCUGGAGCAACCCUCUCCACCCGGACAUCUUUCCUGGCGUCAGAAAGAUGGAGGCAGAGGUUGUCAGAAUGGCUUGCACACUUUUUCAUGGUGGACCGAACUCCUGCGGCACAGUGACUUCAGGAGGAACUGAGAGCAUCCUGAUGGCCUGCAAGGCGUACAGAGACAUGGCGUAUGAGCGUGGUGUCAAAUACCCUGAAAUUCUUGCUCCUGUGAGCAUCCACGCAGCUUUUGACAAAGCGGCGCAUUACUUUGGGAUGAAGCUUGUUCAUGUUCCUCUCGACAAGAAAACCAUGAAAGUAGACGUGAAGGCUAUGAAGAGAGCCAUCAACAAGAACACGGCCAUGCUCGUAUGCUCAGCUCCUCAGUUCCCUCAUGGUAUCAUGGAUCCCAUUGAGGAAGUAGCCAAGCUGGCUGUUCGCUACAAGCUACCGCUACAUGUGGACGCCUGUCUGGGAGGAUUCCUCAUCGUCUUCAUGGCCAAGGCUGGUUACACACUCGCCCCGUUCGACUUCAGGGUAAAAGGAGUCACCAGCAUCUCUGCAGACACGCACAAGUACGGUUACGCCCCCAAAGGCUCCUCUGUGAUCCUCUACAGCGAUAAAAAAUACCGUCACUAUCAGUACUUCGUAGCGCCAGACUGGCAGGGGGGAAUCUACGCCUCGCCCUCUAUCGCAGGCUCCAGGCCCGGAGGGAUCAUCGCCGCCUGCUGGGCCACCAUGAUGCACAUGGGAGAGAACGGAUACAUAGAUGCAACCAAGAAGAUCGUCAGCACGGCACGCAAAAUCAAAGCAGAAGUCUCUAAGAUUAAAGGUGUGUUUGUGUUCGGGGACCCAGAGGUGUCAGUUGUGGCAAUAGGAUCAGAUGUUUUUGAUAUUUUCCGUCUGUCAAACGCACUGACGUCAAAGGGCUGGAACCUGAACACGCUGCAGUACCCAUCCAGCAUUCACAUUUGUUGCACAGUUCUGCACACACAGUCGGGAGUCGCCGAACACUUUGUUCGUGAUGUCAGAGAGCAGGUGGCCAUCAUCAUGAAGAACCCCAAAGAGAAAACCACAGGAAUGGGAGCGAUCUACGGCAUGGCCCAGUCCAUCCCAGACAGAUCCAUGGUGACGGAGAUCUCCCGAGGUUUCCUGGACUGUCUCUACAGCACUGAGGUGGCCAAGUCGAACACCAACCACAUGAACGGCAACGGCAAAGCCCACUGAAGCAGGACUGGGCCCCUCCUGGCCCCGACCCCGACCCCACCGCACGCAGGGAAACACGCUCACCUCCUCCCAGAGCUCUGAGCUAGUUGCUCAACGGUUGCCUUAUCUUGCAUUACCUACACCAUACGGAAAACAUCUGCAAAGAUCUUUAAAAAGCACAAGCCAUCGUCAUUUUAAUCAGCCCAGAGGGGAAAAUCGAUUGCGCCUCUUUGGCACGGAGAGAAAAAAAUGACUGGUUCCAAACGAGUUUUAGUCUUUUCAUUUGAUUUUAUUAAUGUAGUGAAAGUGUGUUUGUGAAUGUGUGUGUGUUAUUUUAUUCGUUUAAAAAGUUCAUUUCAAAUUUAGCUUGUGUUUGACGCAUAUGUCUGUCAUAAUCUCUACUGAUUUACAUCUCAAAACCAUUCCAGUUUUUUUUUUUUUUUUACUGCCGGAACAUUUCAGCUUGUUGCCAUCACUGCUUCACUCUGUGAUGACUCAGCAAAAAACACAGACCACUGAAAGCUUGUUAGGAACGCUGUGCCGCCCUCUAGCAUGAAUCCUGAUGUACUGCUUUAGGCUGGCUCUACAUGUGGAGGCCCGUCGAAGGUGAAAGUUACCAUCAUUAUCAUCAUGCAGUAGUGGUUCUCUGGAAAAACAGCGUUUUAAUGUAAAAGCACUGCAAUGCCCUGACAAGAACAUAUCAGGUUAAUAUGUAAAUCACUUGAAACAAUUCUGAUGUUAUGGUAGAAGUUUGUCUGUGAGCAUGAACAUGCAUGUCUUUGUUUGUUAGCACUUAGUAUGAGGACAUUCUUUUUGUUUUAGGUCUGCAUUCGUAGUCCAUCUACAGUGGUUGGAUUUGUAGACAGGGAGAAUAAUUUGCAUAGUGGGAGCUUUUAAUGUCACCAGUAUCCAAUAAAAUUUAAAUGAGGGAGAACUUGUAACCAGGCCAUGAAUAUUUUAAAAGUGGAAUCCGAAGCUUAUUGGCUACUUUGGUUAUGUUUUUCAAAGUUGGAAUAUGAUUUCCACACAGUAACUGGCUUGUAAAGUAAAGCAAUGUAAUUUAACAUCUUUUAAUAACAGACUGCACUGAAGGUGGUUUACCUGGUUUACUGUUUAUUCUCUAGAAACUCAAUGUUUCCUCUGUAGUCUGCGUGUACCACUUUGUUUUAAUCAUUUGUCUCCUAAUUCAAUCUACCUCAGUUUUGACUCAAUGCAAAUAUCAUUUACUCAUCCAGUGAAACAUGUUCUAACAGGGCAUUUAUGACAUCAUAAACUUCAUAAUGUUAGGGCUUUUAACAAACCAUAAUAAAGUGUUCUUAGAAAAAUAUAUAUACUGAUAAUGAAAGGAAACAGAUCCACUGUGAUGGAGGUGUUUUUGAUCCACAGACUGACAGAUUUGAUACUUUCAUGUUGGGAGAAACCUACUCUCUGCCCUGUCUGAGUGUGGAUAUCCAUUCAGCAGGAUAUGUUCACAUUUACUAACAGGCAUUCUGUAACACCAAAACAACCUUCUCGUCUUGUUUUUUUUUUUCUUUCUGUUAUGUGCUGUCGAUCUAAUAUUGCUUGUUGAAAUUGUGUAUUUCCAUGAAAUGAUUUCCAUGUUUGUGCAAUACAUAACUUUUCCAUUUAUGAAGUGAAACAAAGGGGGAAUGCUCUACUAUAAAUGUUUAAGAGAUUAGAAAGAAGUGUAAUGACAGCCUCGUUAGUGUAAUUUAACCAUUUGUGUGACCACUGGGUGUUCUUUAAUCACUUAAUUUGUGAGUCUUCUUUGUGAGCGUUUGUAUUUUCAGCAGUUGUGUUUUUACAAACUGAGCAGUUUUAAAGAGAUUAGACAUGAAUGUAUUUAGGUUCUUACAUAUGCGGGGGUUUACAGAGGAUACUACAUCCCCACUAACAACUGUAGCUCAUACCAUCAUCAUAUGUACAUCCAUCCAUCCCUCCAUACUCCAAUACUGUGCCCAGUAACGGCAUGGAAACGCCAUGCCCGUGCAAAAAAAAAAAGACUUUUUCAAUAAUGAUUCUUCCUGUUUUGCUUGGAGAAAUAUCUUCAAAAAAAUGUGACAAUUGAAUGGCCUUUUGAAUAAAAACUUUUAAUGCAAA